AAAUGAAAUGAUAUGAAAUUAGUAGAAGUAGAACCAUUCAAAGCGGUGGACACUGGAACACAACACAAACACAAGAUCAACGAGAAACCAAACAACAACAGCGACCAUCGAGAGAAUCCACUAAGAAAACAAAAUAGAUUAAAAAGGGGUUUCUCAAAGUUUCUCAUCAUAUCCAUUAAAGUAGCCUCCUUUUUGCUUUCUCCGUCUCUCUCUCUUUUGUCCAAUCAAAAAGAGUUUGUGAUUCUUCUUUAUCGUCUCCUUGGAGAGAUAUGAAUGGCGAUGAGCUUCCUUUCGAGAGUGGUUUCGAGGUUUACGCUAAGGGAACUCAUAAGUCAGAGUUUGACUCGAAUUUGCUUGAUCCUCGUUCUGAUCCUAUUUGGGAUGCUAUAAGAGAAGAAGCUAAACUUGAGGCAGAGAAAGAGCCUAUUUUGAGUAGCUUCUUGUAUGCUGGUAUCUUAGCACAUGAUUGUUUAGAGCAAGCUUUAGGGUUUGUUCUAGCCAACCGUCUCCAAAACCCAACCUUGUUGGCAACACAACUCUUGGAUAUAUUUUAUGGUGUUAUGAUGCAUGACAAAGGUAUUCAGAGUUCGAUUCGCCAUGAUCUCCAGGCAUUUAAAGAUCGUGAUCCUGCUUGUCUGUCGUAUAGUUCUGCUAUUUUACAUCUGAAGGGUUAUCAUGCGUUACAAGCAUAUAGGGUUGCGCAUAAACUGUGGAAUGAAGGGAGGAAACUAUUAGCUCUUGCAUUGCAAAGCCGAAUAAGCGAGGUUUUUGGCAUUGACAUACAUCCAGCGGCAAGAAUUGGGGAGGGAAUAUUGUUGGAUCAUGGAACUGGAGUGGUCAUUGGUGAGACCGCUGUGAUAGGCAACGGUGUCUCGAUCUUACAUGGUGUGACUUUAGGAGGAACCGGAAAGGAAACUGGCGAUCGCCACCCAAAGAUAGGUGAAGGUGCAUUGCUUGGAGCUUGUGUGACUAUACUUGGUAACAUAAGCAUAGGUGCUGGAGCAAUGGUAGCUGCAGGUUCACUUGUGUUAAAAGACGUUCCUUCGCAUAGUGUGGUGGCUGGAAAUCCUGCAAAACUGAUCAGGGUCAUGGAAGAGCAAGACCCGUCUCUAGCAAUGAAACACGAUGCUACUAAAGAGUUCUUUCGACAUGUAGCUGAUGGUUACAAAGGGGCACAAUCUAACGGACCAUCACUUUCAGCAGGAGAUACAGAGAAAGGACACACUAACAGCACAUCAUGAGAUCUUUGUAUGCAAAUUUCUUACCAUCAUAAGCUAAUUCUUGUAUGCUCUUGCUUAUCAUCAUAAGCUAAUCUCAGCAUUUCCUCAAUAAGUUGUCUAAUAAAAGAUUUUGUUCACUGGAAGUUUUCAGUCUCAACUCAAAAGUCUCAGACAAACAUAA